AUGGAAAGAGAUCAGGUACAGUUUCAAAAGCUGCAGACCUGUCAGAAUCUCACUGGGAAUGCUGGUUCACGGUCGAAUACUGGCUAUCUGAAAACACACAAAUCCCCCUUGGCCAGAUUCCCCCCACCCCCCUCCCCCGACUCCUCGGCCACCCUCCUCCUUUUUCUCUCCCACGCCAGCCCGGCUCCCAGCGCGCCCCUCCCUGCAGCGGUGGGUCCGCUCGCCCGGGGGCCUCCCGGGAGCAGAAGGAGGAGGAGACUUCGGGGGCGGGGCCCAGGAGCGCCGAGUGAAAGAUCGGGGGUCCCCUCCGCAGCCGCUCCUUCCUUUCCUCCCCCUCUUUUCCUCCGAGCACGCGCUCGCGCGCUCUCAGGGAUACCCACUCCCUCCCCCUUUGGGAAAGGCGGGCAGUCCCCGCGGGGGCAGGUCUCCUGGGGAGCGGGACCAGACAGGGGCGGGGAAGCAGCCCCCGCCGCUCCCUGGCCAGGGCGCGGGGAGAAGCCGAAGGCGCGGGCUGAUGGAGAGCUGAGAAGGGGCAGCCAGGGCGGCCGCCACCACAGCCACAGCCACAGCCACAGCCGGAGCCGCGGCCGCGGCCACAGCCGUGUCCCUCUCUCUUUGCUCGCUCCCUGCCUUCCAGGCUCGGGAAUCUUUCCCCGCCGGCGGCCAGCCGUCCGUCCGGAGGCAGGAGCGCAGGCCGGCCUGGAGGUGGUGCUCGCCGGCCCGCCUCGGCCGCUGCCAGGCUCCUCUGCGCCUUGCCCGGACAGCUGCGCUGCGCCUCCCGGAGGGGGAGGAGCGGCCGGCGGCCGGGCGAGCGGGCGCUGGGCUCUCGGCCCCCUUUCCUCGCCUUCAGUGUCCCCGCCAGCAUCCCUCCCAGCGCGCCCGGCGCGCCUCGGCGUGCGGCGAGCGAGGCGGGCCCAGGAGCGGACGGUGGGCUAUGCCGGGGGCGCGGCACUAACUUCCGAGGGCUCUGCCAUGGACGGGAAGACCCGAUCCUGCAUCGCUUGGGUGCCGGUGCUGGGGGCCCCCAGGCCUUCCCCGCGCCUCGCCCGCCGCCCCGCGCUGUGGUUAGCGGGGCUCAUGGUGCUGCUGCUGACCCUGCCGGCCUCCUGCGCAGCAGAUGAACUAUCUCUGGAGCAAGCGAAAUCAUUCUUAUACUCUGUGGAGCUCAUGUGAAGAAGAACACGGUGCAGACCACUACGCACAUGGCCUUAACAGAAGUUGCACCAGAAACACAGGAAAACCAAUUUUUUCCACGUAGUAGUGUCUUCAAUCUCCUACUUCUUUCGGCACAAACCUUUUUUAC